UGUUUGUAUAUAUUUCCCUGUGAAUAUAAUAUAACCUUUGCUCUCAGGAAUUGCAAGUGUUUUCUGAUUAUUUUUAUUUGGUUUUUUUCGUUUUUGUGUUUUGGGAUUAUUUAGUUAGUUUCUAAAGCAUCCACAACAAGAAGAACAUCAGCAGAUUAAAAGGGUUUUGAUUAAUAUUAGGUAGCUUCUAACUUUUCUCGGGAUGGAAGGAGAAUAUUGUUGUUCUUCAUCUUCUUCGUCUUCAACAACCACAACAACAAGCAUAGAGAAGCGCAAGCAGAGGCAAAACCAGCAGCAACAGCAACAAGUAGGAGGCAACCAUGAUCAUCGUCAUCAAGAAAAGCAAUACAGAGGGAUAAGGAUGAGGAAGUGGGGGAAGUGGGUGGCUGAGAUUAGAGAACCUAACUAGAGGACUCGAAUCUGGCUUCGCUCUUUCACGACGCCGGACGGCCAGCAGCUACACGACAUGUCGGCCGCUUCGAUACGAAAGAAGGCUACGGAGGUUGGGGCAAAGGUCGACGCCGUCGAAACUGCUCACCGCUCACCAAUAUCGCAGUCGAAAACGACGUCGAGCCUGGUGAAUUCCCAGAAGCCUGAUUUAAAUAAGUAUCCCGACCCAGAAAACUCUGAUGAAAAUUAAUUGAAAAAAAAGGAGGUCUUUAGAGAGAUAUGAGGCUGAUCGAUCAGCCACUGUUUAUAUUAUUUUCUUAAUUUCUAGCUCUCUUUUUUUUCUUUUUUCUUUUGAGUUUUUAUAUUUAUAUAUUUAUAUUCAUGAUCUUAGUUGAUCAUCACUAAGCUAGUCUACGUGUGAAAUAAGUGAAAAUAUAGAGAAAAUAGAGAGACGAGUAAGGUAUUUUUGGGUCUGUUCAGAGAACAGAAUCAAAAGGGUUCUGUUUGAUUGGUAUAGUUUCUCUCUCUCUUCAAUUGUAACAUCAACAACAAACCAGCUGAAGAGCAAAAGUUCUUAGUUACUGGUCAUCAAGGAUGACAAGGAGUUCAAAUUCAUUUCAGUAUUUGCUUUCUUGAA